AUGGCUUCCACCCUUUCUAAUGGUCUCCAGAAGGUUAUGGACGGCGCAGCUUUCCAAAAUCCGAAGCUUGCCGAUAUCUCCAAGGACACCAAAGACUCCCAUGACUCCAAUGCUAGGCUUACUACCGAUUGGGGCAGCAAAGUGUCUGACACAGACCACUGGCUCACUGUCUCCACCGAAGAUCAGUAUGGCCCGGCAUUGUUGGAGGAUGGUCAUGCACGAGAGAAGAUACACCGAUUCGAUCACGAGCGUAUACCGGAACGAGUAGUCCAUGCCCGCGGUGCCGGAGCAUUCGGAACCUUCAAGCUCUACGAAAGCGCCCAAGACGUGACGAGUGCUGGGGUUUUGACAGACACUUCCCGAACCACACCAGUCUUCCUUCGGUUCUCCACGGUCCUUGGGUCGCGAGGUAGCGCCGAUACAGUACGUGACGUGCGAGGCUUUGCCGUCAAGUUCUACACUGAGGAGGGCAAUUGGGAUAUCGUGGGCAACGACAUUCCCGUCUUCUUCAUUCAGGACGCCAUUAAAUUCACGGACUUGAUCCACGCGGCGAAGCCUGAACCAGAUGUUGAAGUUCCGCAGGCCCAGACCGCCCACAACAAUUUCUGGGACUUCCAAUACCUACACUCCGAAGCCACUCAUAUGUUCAUGUGGGCUAUGUCAGAUCGGGGUAUCCCUCGGUCCUACAGAAUGAUGCAAGGGUUUGGUGUCAAUACCUACACCCUCACCAACGCGAAGGGCGAGAGACACUUUGUAAAAUUCCAUUUCACACCAACCCUUGGCGUUCAUUCUUUUGUGUGGGAUGAGGCGUUGAAAUUGGCUGGCCAAGACCCUGAUUUUCAUCGGAAAGAUCUUUACGAGGCUAUCAGUCAGGGAGUAUUCCCUACAUGGAAGUUCGGCAUACAGACUCUCGAGGAAUCACAGGAACAUGACUUUGACUUCGACAUCCUCGAUGCGACCAAAGUCUGGCCCGAGGAAAUGGUACCGAUUAGGUACAUUGGAGAGCUUGAACUUAAUCGCAACGUUGAUGAGUAUUUUACUCAGACCGAGCAGGCUGCUUUCGCAACUGGCCAUGUCGUUCCUGGCAUAGGUUUCUCCGACGAUCCUCUCUUACAGGGAAGAAACUUUUCCUACUUCGAUACUCAGGUUUCUAGACUCGGCAUCAAUUGGGAAGAGCUUCCCAUCAAUCGCCCCGUCUGUCCUGUUAUGAACCAAAACAGGGAUGGCCAAAAACGUCACACAAUUACUAAGGGCAAAGCCAACUACUGGCCAAACCGCUGGGAGUCUGCCCCGCCAGCCAAGCCUUCUGAGGGCGGAUAUGUCGACCAUCCAGAAAAAGUGGCGGGAAUUAAGACUCGUCUCAAAUCUCAAAAAUUUAAGGAUCACAUCUCGCAAGCUCAACUUUUCUGGAACUCCCAAAGCCCGCCUGAGAAGAUGCAUUUGAUCUCCGCCUUAGGCUUUGAACUCGACCACUGUGAUGACCCGGUCGUGUAUAAUAGAAUGAUCGAGCGUCUCUGCGAUAUUGACAUCGAGCUUGCCCAAGCCGUGGCCGAGAAGGCAGGUGCGCCCACGCCAACUAAACAAGGCAAGCCAAACGCAGGCAACCAAUCUGCGGGUCUAAGCAUUACGGCCUACAACGCACCAAAGCCAACGAUUGCCAGUAGACGUGUCGCUAUCCUCAUCGGCGACGGCUACGAUCCGGUCGCCUUCAAUGGAGUAUAUGCUGCUCUCAAGGCUGCAAAGGCCUUCCCCUUUGUCAUUGGCCCCAAGCGCCAGACUGUACUUGCGGAAGGCGAGAGCAAAGGUGGCAAAGGCGUUCAGCCAGACCAUCAUUUCGAAGGCAUGCGCUCUACCAUGUUCGAUUCCAUCUUUAUUCCUGGAGGUCCUCACAUUGAAACUCUGCGUAAGCAGGGCCGAGUGGUCCACUGGGUGCGUGAAGCGUUCGGUCAUCUCAAGGCCAUUGGUGCGACCGGCGAGGCUGUGAACCUUGUGAAAACAGCAUGUGAGGUCGAUGGUAUGACUUUCUCUGCUGCUGGUAGUCACGAUGUCGUCGACUCCUACGGUGUCGUCACUGCUGGAGCAGCGAAGCCUGAGUCAUUCAAGGAAACCAUCAACAUGGCCAAGGGUGCGAAGGACUUCAUCGAUGUCUACACUUUCAACAUCUCCCAACACAAGAACUUCGAUCGUGAGAUGGAUGGACUUUCUUCCAUGGUGGCUUACUAG